AUGGAGCCCAGUACCCCCUUUUGGACCUGGACUUGUUUGCUGGUCUUCUUGUUCAUCUCUCAGAAGCAUGCAGUCAAGACCCAGAGUCUGUCCUCAGGUAAGGACACCCGGCAGCCCCUGGAUUCUGCCGGCUCAGCGUUUAAUCGUCUUUCCUCAGCAGCCAACGCGUCUCACGUGGGCCAGGUGUGCACCACCUGGGGGCGCUCUCACUGGAAGACGCUGGACGGAGCCUUCUUCCAGCUGGCGUCCUCAUGCAACCACCUGCUGGUGGCCGACUGUCACAACUCCUACGAGGACUUCAACAUCCAGAUGAGGCGCCAGGCGGCCGGAGGCGGCGUGGGCGCCGUCGACGCCGUGCUGAUGAGGUUGGACGCCAACAUGGUGGAGCUUAGCGGCGACGGCGUGCGUCUUAAUGGGAAAAGCGUGUCUCUGCCUGUCGUCGCCUUUGGACUGACCAUCAAGGAGACCUCUUCCAGUGUCCUAGUCCAGACCCAACUAGGAGUCCAUGUGGUGUGGAACUUGGACGACUCAUUAGAUAUUGAAAUCGACAACAAGUACAGGAAUCGGACGUGCGGGCUGUGCGGAAACUUUGAUGGCAUCGACGACGAGUUCAUGAUAGACGGGAAAAUACUCUCCGUUCUGGACUACGCUGACAGUCACAGGGUCAGUGGACCAGCCGAGAACUGUCAGGAGGAAGACCUGCUGGAGGACCUCGCUGUGGACCACAGAGAACAGCAUCUCUGUAGGCAGAUUUUCACCGACGCCGCCUUCGCCAGCUGCCGCAACCUUCUAGACCUGGACGCCUUUGUCAAAGCGUGCUUGUCUGACAUCCGCCGCGCCUCCUCCCGCAACGCCAGCGUCCCGUCCCUCUGUCAGACCGUCUCGGAAUUCUCCAGACAGUGCGUCCACGCAGGGGGAGCCCCGGGAAAAUGGAGGAACGCCACUUUCUGCGACAGGAAGUGUCCGUCCAACAUGGAGUUUUUGGAGUGCAGCAGCUCGUGUCCUGACAGCUGCAGCAACCCCGAGGCCAGCCGCACCUGCGACACCCACUGUCACGACGGCUGCAGCUGCCCCAACGGCACGAUCCUGGAUGACAUCAGCGACUCCGGCUGCGUUCCUGUUGACCAGUGUCCAUGUCUGCACAAAACCCAAGUGUACCAGUCUGCACAGUCCUUCUCCUACAACUGCGGAACAUGCGUGUGUGAGAGUGGUCACUGGAAGUGCACCGAGGACAACUGUCCCGGGAGCUGCUCCCUGGAGGGCGGGGCCCACAUCAGCACCUUUGAUGGCAAAGUGUACACCUUCCACGGGGACUGCACCUAUGUCUUGGCCAAGCAGAGCAACGGGUCCUUGUACACGGUGCUGGUGGACCUCGCCCAGUGUGGUCUGACUGACAGCCAAACCUGCCUCAGGGCAGUGACGCUGGCCUUGAACAGCAAGUCUCUGGUGGUUAAAAUUCAUGCUUCUGGACAAGUUUUUGUCAACCACAUCCUGUCUCAGCUGCCUCUCUUCACAUCCGAGAUUAGCAUCUUCCAGCCGUCUUCCUUCUACAUCUUCAUCAGCACCAAGCUUGGCCUGAAGCUGGUGGUCCAACUGACCCCGCUAAUGCAGGUCUUCCUGUCAGCCCCCACCUCAUUGAAAGGAAGCACCUCAGGAUUGUGUGGCAACUUCAACAACAUCAUGAGCGACGACUUCCGCGUGAUAAGCGGUCUAGUAGAGGGCACAGCUGCCGCCUUCGCCAACACAUGGAAAACCAGAGCCGGCUGCCCGGACUUCAACACGCGCUUCGGACACCCCUGCAGUCACGGCAUCAGCAAAGAGAGCUACGCUCAGUACUGGUGCUCCAAGCUCACUGAUCCCAGCUCAGCCUUCGCCACCUGCCACUCGGUCGUCAGCCCCGACGCCUUCAAAGACAACUGCGUGUAUGACACCUGCAACUGUGAUGACACCGAGCAGUGCAUGUGUGCCGCCGUGUCCGCCUACGUGUACGCCUGCUCAGAGGCCGGGAUCCAGAUCAGCGAGUGGAGGACCACCGCAUGUGGACGGUUCUCGUCAUGUCCGGCGGGCACGGUGUACCGAUACAACAUGACCAGCUGCGCCCGCACCUGCCGCUCCCGCAGCCAGCCGGACUACUCGUGCCAGGCCGGCUUCACGGCGGUGGACGGCUGCGGCUGCGCAGAAGGAAGCUACAUGGACGAGCAAGGACAGUGCGUGUCCGCCGACGCCUGUCCCUGUUACGUCGAAGACGGCGUCAUUCCGCACGGCCAAGCGAUCAUCAGCGAAGGAUCAGACAGUUGUGUGGCCCCCAUGGUCUACUUUAACUGCGCCACUGCUCAGCCCGGAGCCACUGGCACGGCGUGUGAAAAGAGCUGCAGUACUGUGGACAUGGCCUGUAUCAGCAGUGGCUGCACAUCAGGCUGCAAGUGUCCUGAGGGUCUGCUGUCAGAUGGAGCCGGGGGCUGCAUCAGUGAGUCCAAGUGUCCAUGUGUGCACAAUGGACAGACCUACCAACCCGGACACACUCUGAGGGUGGACUGCAACACCUGUUACUGCGCGGGUCGAACGUUCUCGUGCAGCAGCAAGGUGUGUGACGCGGUGUGUCGCGUGUACGGCGACGGUCACUACAUCACCUUUGACGACAAGAGGUUUGACUUCAGUGGACAGUGUGAAUACACCCUCCUGCAGGACUACUGUGGCGAUACUCAGUCCAAUGGAAGCAUCAGGAUUAUCAGUGAGAAUGUUCCAUGUGGAACCACAGGAACCACCUGCUCCAAGACCAUCAAGAUCUUCCUGGAGGAGGAUGAAUUCCAGCUGAAGGAAGAGAACUUCCACGUGAUCAAGAGCAGCCGGCAGGUGACUCCUGCUCUUGUGUACAAUAUGGGUCUUUACUUGGUGCUGACCCUCCAGCCAGGACUUGCGCUCAUGUGGGACAGGAAGACCAGUCUUUUCAUCAAACUGGCACCACAAUUCCAGGGUCACGUCUGCGGUCUGUGCGGCAACUACGACGGCAACAUCAAGAAUGACUUCACCAAACGCUCCCAAGAGGUCGUCACGGACGCCCUGGAGUUUGGGAACAGUUGGAAGGCAUCCUCCAGCUGCCCAGAUUCCCAGCUCUUCAAGGAUCCCUGCAGCGCCAACCGCUACCGAGCAGCCUGGGCUCAGAGACAAUGCAGCAUCAUCAUCAGUGUCACCUUCCAGAGCUGUCACUCCAAGGUGGAUCCGAGUCCAUACUACGACGCCUGUGUGAGGGACUCAUGUGCGUGUGACACCGGCGGCGACUGUGAGUGUUUCUGCACGGCGGUGGCGGCCUACGCCUCAGCUUGCAACCAGGCCGCAGCCUGCGUCUCGUGGAGAACCCCCAAACUGUGCCCCAUUUUCUGUGAUUACUACAACGCCCCUGCUGCCUGCGAGUGGCACUACAAGCCCUGCGGAGCAGACUGCAUGAAGACGUGUAGGAAUCCUUCUGGGAACUGCUCCAACCUCAUCACCGGCCUGGAAGGUUGUUAUCCACAAUGUCCUCCGAGUGAACCGUACUUUGAUGAAGACACCAUGUCAUGUGUGUCCUGGAAGCAGUGUGGUUGCUACGACAACCAAGGCAUCCAUUACGGCAUCUCAGAGGUGGUUCCAGCUAAAAAUUGUUACACUUGCUCCUGUACAAUCACCGGAAUACAGUGUAGCUACAAUGUAAACACGUGCACAUGCUUCAUUAACGGCAAAACCUAUGCCUAUGGCGCCACCAUCUACAACACCACGGAUGGGCUGGGAAACUGCAUCACGGCGACAUGUGGAGUCAACAACACGAUGAACCGGAACAUGUAUCCCUGCUUCACAACCAUCAGCCCGCAAACAACACCCUUUACUUUCACCACGGCUGAAAGGACUUCCGCAACCACAGAGGGAAGUACCACUGAACCACGAGAAACAACAAUUGCAGAAAAAACAAGCUCAAGCGGAACUACCAAUAUACCUGAAGAAACAAGCACCACAGACAAGGUCACAGAGUACACAACAAUCUCACCCAUAUUCACUAUUAGCCCAACAACCACUUCUACCACAACACAAGGAGAAAUUACAACUGUUGUACCAGGUAGCACAUUAACGAGUGAAGCGACAGGAACAACAUCCCAACCCUCUGUUAGUACCACAACGACCAAAUUGCCAUCAACGUCCUCAUUGUACACUACCACUGGACCUGGAAAAACCACAACAGCACAGAAAACAACUGUACAAGGUGAGACAACACCACCUGGAUUGACCACUGGCAAAACCACCGACUCUUACACAACUACUCAUAAAACUACAACAACGAUACCGGGUAGCACAACAUUGACUCAAAAUACAGGGACAACAUCCCGGCCUUCCGUUAGUACUACUAAAAUACACUCAACAACCACAUUGGGAACUACCACUGGAGGCGGAGAAACCACAACAGCACAGAGAACAACUGUACAGGGUGAGACUACACCACCUGGUACAACAACCACCUCGACCACAACUCUUGGAAAAACUACAACCUCUGUACCAGGUAGCGAAACAACAGUUACUGAACACACAGGAACAACAUCCCACCCCUCUGUUAGUACUAAAACAACAAAAGUACCAUCAACAUCCUCACUGGGAACUACCACUACACCUGGAGAAAGCACAACAGUGCAGAGAACAACUGUACAAGGUGAGACCACACCACCUGGUACAAAGACCACCUCUACCACAACUCUUGGGAAAACUACAACCUCUGUACCAGGUAGCCAAACAACAAUUAUUGAAAACACAGGAACGACAUCUCAGCCUUCUGUUAGUACUACAACCUCAAUAGCACAAUCAACACCCUCAGUAGGAACUACCACUGUACCUGGAGAAACCACAACAGUACAGAGAACAACUGUACAAGGUGAGACCACACCACCUGGUACAACAACCACCCCGAGCACAACUUAUGGAAAAACUACAACCUCUGUACCAGGUAGCCAAACAAGUACUGAAAGCACAGGAACAACAUCCCAACCCUUUGUUAGUACUAAAACAACAAAAAUACCAUCAACAUCCUCAAUGGGAUCUACCACUGCACCUGGAGAAAAAACAACAGCGCAGAGAACAACUGUAGAAGGAGAAACUACUCCACCUGGUACAACAACCACCCCAAGCACAACUUAUGGAAAAACUACAACCUCUGUACCAGGUAGCCAAACAAGUACUGAAAGCACAGGAACAACAUCCCAACCCUUUGUUAGUACUAAAACAACAAAAAUACCAUCAACAUCCUCAUUGGGAACUACCACUGCACCUGGGGAAACCUCAACAGCACAGAGAACCACUGUACAAGGUGAGACCACACCACCUGGUACAACAACCACCGUGAUCACAACUCUUGGAAAAACUACAACCUCUGUACCAGGUAGCCAAACAACAAGUACUGAACACACAGGAACAACGUCCCGACCCUCUGUUAGUACCACAACAGCAAAAAUACCAUCAACACCCUCAUCAGGAACUACCACUGCACCUGGAGAAACCACAACAUCACAGACAACAACUGUACAAGGUGUGACAACUCCACCUAAAUUCACCACUGGCCCUACCACCAGCUCUACCACAACUCUUGGACAAACUACAACCUCUGUACCAAGUAGCCAAACAACAAUUACUGAAAAUACAGGAACAACAUCCCAACCAUCUGUUGUUACUACAACAACAAAAAUACCAUCAACAUCCUCAUUGGGAACUACCACUGCACCUGGAGAAACCACACCAGUACAGAGAACCACUGUACAAGGUGAGACUACACCACCGGGUACAACAACCACCGCGACCACAACUCUUGGAAAAACUACAACCUCUGUACCAGGUAGCCAAACAACAAUUACUGAAAACACAGGAACAACAUCCCAACCCUCUGUUAGUACUACAACAACAAAAAUACCAUCAACAUCCUCAUUGGGAACUACCACUGUACCUGGAGAAACCACAACAGCACAGAGAACAACUGUACAGGGUGGGACAACACCACCUGGAUUUACCACCGGCACAACAACCAGAUCUACCACAACUCUUGGAAAAACUACAACCUCUGUACCAAGUAGCCAAACAACAAGUACUGAACACACAGGAACAACAUCCCAACCCUCUGUUAGUACUAAAACCACAAAAAUACCAUCAACAUCCUCAUUGAGAACUACCACUGGACCUGGAGAAACCACAACAGCACGGAGAACAACUGUACAAGGUGAGACCACACCACCUGGUAUAACAACCACCUCGACCACAACUCUUGUAAAAACUACAACCUCCGUGUCAGGUAGCCAGACAACAAUUACUGAACACACAGGAACAACAUCCCAACCCUCUGUUAGUACCACAACAACAACAAUACCAUCAACACCCUCAUCGGGAACUACCACUGCACAUGGAGAAACCACAACAGCAGAGAAAACCACUGUACAAGGUGAGACAACACUACCUGAAUUCACCACCGGCACAACCACCAGCUCUACCAAAACUCGUGGAAAAACUACAACCUCUGUACCAAGUAGCCAAACAACAAGUACUGAACACACAGGACCAACAUCCCAGCCCUCUGUUAGUACUACAACAACAAAAAUACCAUCAACACCCUCAUCGGGAACUACCACUGCACCUGGAGAAACCACAACAGCAGAGAGAACAACUGUACAAGGUGGGACAACACUACCUGGAUUUACAACCGGCACAACAACCAGAUCAACCACAACUCGUGGAAAAACUACAACCUCUGUACCAAGUAGCCAAACAACAAGUACUGAACACACAGGAACAACAUCCCAGCCCUCUGUUAGUACUACAACAACAAAAAUACCAUCAACACCCUCAUCGGGAACUACCACUACACCUGGAGAAACCACAACAGCACAGAGAACAACUGUACAAGGUGAGACCACACCACCUGGUACAACAAACACCUCGACAACAACUCUUGUAAAAACUACAACCUCCGUGUCAGGUAGCCAGACAACAAUUACUGAACACACAGGAACAACAUCCCAACCCUCUGUUAGUACCACAACAACAAAAAUACCAUCAACACCCUCAUCGGGAACUACCACUGCACCUGGAGAAACCACAACAGCAGAGAAAACAACUGUACAAGGUGAGACAGCACUACCUGAAUUCACCACCGGCACAACCACCAGCUCUACCACAACUCGUGGAAAAACUACAACCUCUGUACCAAGUAGCCAAACAACAAGUACUGAACACACAGGAACAACAUCCCACCCCUCUGUUAGUACUACAACAACAAAAAUACCAUCAACACCCUCAUCGGGAACUACCACUACACCUGGAGAAACCACAACAGCACAGAGAACAACUGUACAAGCUGAGACCACACCACCUGGUACAACAACCACUUCAACCACAACUCUUGUAAAAACUACAACCUCUGAACCAGGUAGCCAAACAACAAGUACUGAAAACACAGGAACAACAUCCCAACCCUCUGUUAGUACUACAACAACAAAAAUACCAUCAACAUCCUCAUUGGGAACUACCACUGCACCUGGAGGAACCACAACAGCACAGAGAACCACUGUACAAGGUGAGACCACACCACCUGGUACAACAACCACCUCGGCCACAACUCUUGGAAAAACUACAACCUCUGUACCAAGUAGCCAAACAACAAGUACUGAACACACAGGGACAACAUCCCAGCCCUCUGUUAGUACUACAACAACAAAAAUACCAUCAACACCCUCAUCGGGAACUACCACUGCACCUGGAGAAACUACAACAGCACAGAGAACAACUGUACAAGGUGAGACCACACCACCUGUAACAACAACACCCUCGACCACAACUCUUGUAAAAACUACAACCUCUGUACCAGGUAGCCAGACAACAAUUACUGAACACACAGGAACAACAUCCCAACCCUCUGUUAGUACUACAACAACAAAAAUACCAUCAACACCCUCAUCGGGAACUACCACUGCACCUGGAGAAACCACAACAGCACAGAGAACAACUGUACAAAGUGAGACAACACCACCUGAAUUCACCACUAGCCCUACCACCAGCUCUACCACAACUCUUGGAAAAACUACAACCUCUGCACCAAGUAGCCAAACAACAAUUACUGAAAGCACAGGAACAACAUUCCAACCCUCUGUUAGUACUACAACAACAAAAAUACCAUCAACAUCCUCAUUGGGAACUACCACUGCACCUGGAGGAACCACAACAGCACAAAGAACCACUGUACAAGCUGAGACCACACCACCUGGUACAACAACCACUUCAACCACAACUCUUGUAAAAACUACAACCUCUGUACCAAGUAGCCAAACAACAAUUACUGAACACACAGGAACAACAUCCCAACCCUCUGUUAGUGCUACAACAACAAAAAUACCAUCAACAUCCUCAUUGGGAACUACCACUGCACCUGGAGGAACCACAACAGCACAGAGAACCACUGUACAAGGUGAGACCACACCACCUGGUACAACAACCACCUCGGCCACAACUCUUGGAAAAACUACAACCUCUGAACCAGGUAGCCAAACAAGUACUGAACACACAGGAACAACAUCCCAGCCCUCUGUUAGUACUACAACAACAAAAAUACCAACAACACCCUCAUCGGGAACUACCACUGCACCUGGAGAAACCACAACAGCACAGAGAACAACUGUACAAGGUGAGACCACACCACCUGUACCAACAACACCCUCGACCACAACUCUUGUAAAAACUACAACCUCUGUGUCAGGGAGCCAGACAACAAUUACUGAACACACAGGAACAACAUCCCAACCCUCUGUAAGUUCUACAACAACAAAAAUACCAUCAACACCCUCAUCGGGAACUACCACUGCACCUGGAGAAACCACAACAGCAAAGAGAACAACUGUACAAGAUGAGACAACACCACCUGAAUUCACCACUGGCCCUACCACCAGCUCUACCACAACUCUUGGAAAAACUACAACCUCUGUACCAAGUAGCCAAACAACAAUUACUGAAAGCACAGGAACAACAUCCCAACCCUCUGUUAGUACUACAACAACAAAAAUACCAUCAACAUCCUCAUUGGGAACUACCACUGCACCUGGAGAAACCACAACAGCACAGAGAUCCACUAUACAAGGUGAGACCACACCACCUGGUACAACAACCACCUCGACCACAACUCUUGGAAAAACUACAACCUCUGAACCAGGUAGCCAAACAACAAGUACUGAACACACAGGAACAACAUCCCAACCCUCUGUUAGUACUACAACAACAAAAAUACCAUCAACAUCCUCAUUGAGAACUACCACUGGACCUGGAGAAACCACAACAGCACAGAGAACAACUGUACAAGGUGAGACCACACCACAGGGUACAACAACCACCGCAACUACAACUCUUGGAAAAACUACAACCUCUGUACCAAGUAGCCAAACAACAAUUACUGAAAACACAGGAACAACAUCCCAAACUUCUGUUAGUACCACAACAACAAAAGUACCAUCAACAUCCUCAUUGGGAACUACCACUGUACCUGGAGAAACCACAACAGCACAGACAACAACUGUACAAGGUGGGACAACACCACCUGGAUUUACCACCGGCACAACAACCAGUUCUAUCACAACUCUUGGAAAAACUACAACCUCUGUACUAGGUAGCCAGACAACAAUUUCUGAAAACACAGGAACAACAUCCCGACCCUCUGUUAGUACCACAACAACAAAAGUACCAUCAACAUCCUCAUUGGGAACUACCACUGUACCUGGAGAAACCAUUACAGCAGAGAGAACAACUCCUGAAUUCACCACUGGCACAUCAACCACUUCUACCACUACACCUCACAAAGCUACAACCUCUCUACCAGGUAGCACAGUAACAACUACAGAACAUUUAGGAACAACAUCCCAACCCUUUGUGAACACCACAACUACCAAAAUACCAUCGACCACUGAAGGUGUUGUCACUGGAGGACCACAAACAACAGUUGUGAUUACCCAACCUUCAGUUUUGGGUUCAACUAUUUUGACUCCAACAAGUGUUUUGGGCACUACAGUUACCAGACCAAUAACUCAAACACUUCCUGGUAGUUCAACUGUGUUCACCAGUACUUCAGUCAGUACUGGUCAAGCUGUAACUACAGCUUCUACUUCUCCGUCUUCCACUACGUGUUCCUGCUUUUUCCAUGGAAAAACAUACACUCCGGGUGACAUUGUGUACAACGUAACAGAUGGUUUCGGUUGGUGUUUUGUUGCAUUUUGCAACACAACCUGUAGAGUUGUGUCCCAAUCCACUUUGUGUCCAACAUCAAUACCCGGCACGACCACACAGUCUACCAUUUCAACAACACACAUGUCCCCAUCCACAUCCAGCCUGGACUGCACUCAUGUGUUUCCGUCAAGACGGAAUGGAGAGUUCUGGACUGUCGACAACUGCACCACAGCUUCGUGCAGAAAUGGCGAGGUCACGGAGUACCCAAAAACCUGUCCGGUGCCACAAGCACUCAUCUGUGCCAAUGGACGUAAACCCACCAAGGUCUAUGAUUCGGAAGGAUGCUGCUUCCACCCUGAAUGUCAAUGUAAGUCUACAUGUACAGGAGGUCCUCUGUCCUCGUUUGAGUUUCAUUCCGACAAUGAAGCUUCACACUCCAGUACCAGCUCCAGAGCUGGAGCCUACUCCAGUACCAGCUCCACGCCGCCAAGCGCCGGUACCAGCUCCGCGCCGCCAAGCACCGCCGACGACGGGGCUGGAGCCCACACCAGCGUCGACGACGGGGCUGGAGCCCACACCAGCGUCGACGACGGGGCUGGAACCUUCACCUAUGUCGACAGGGCUGGAGCCCACUCCAGUGCCAGCUCCUCGACAAGCGCCGGUACCAGCUCCACGCCGCCAAGCACUGCCGACGAAGAAGCUGGAGCCCACACCGGCGCCGACGAUGAGGCUGGAGCUCACACCAGUCACGACUCCUGCGGCUCCCAGGCCGCCUCCGACGACUCCUGCGGCUCCCAGGCCGCCUCCGACGACUCCUGCGGCUCCCAGGCCGCCUCCGACGACUCCUGCGGCUCCCAGGCCGCCUCCGACGACUCCUGCGGCUCCCAGGCCGCCUCCGACGCCUCCUUCGGCUGCAGCACCCGCAUCAUCCUCGCCAGCUGCACUCGGGCCUGCUUUGGCUGCAGUCCCCGCACCCUCGUCUGCUGCUUCCAAGCCUGCUGGGAUUUCGGUGCUGAGGCGUCGUCCACCACGUCGAUCACGGGCGUGGCCUCUGCGAGGUCAUCCUCCUCGCCAGACACUCCCUCCUCCAUGUCGGCCACGGAUGUGGCCGUGCCCGGGUCGUCCGCCUCGCCGGGCACCUCAUCCUGCGAUGCGGCCACUAAUGUGGCCUUUUCGAGGUCGCCCGCCAAAACUUUUUCGGCAGCGGCGUUCCAUCCGCCGCCGCCACUUGACUUGUCCUCGGUGGAUUCGGGGACACACGACUUGGCGACCCUCCACCGUGGCCUCCCUCCGCCCUCCCUUCGUUUGUGGACUCUGUUUUUGGGGAGGGUGAAAGUAAGCAGACCGGGUAAUGCUGUUUAUGUGGGCUUGAAAGGAAAGUGUUCUGUCGAGCACAGCAGACAUUGCGUGUGCAGCGUCUGGGGCGGUUCCCACUACAUGACGUUUGACGGGAAGUCAUUCAGUUUCCCAAAGAACUGCUCCUACUACCUGGUGAAAGAGAUCAAAGCCAAGCACGAGCUGACAGUGGUGGUCAUCAAGCGUCACUGUGAUCCCUCCAACGGCGCGUUUUGUCCUCAAGCUCUGAACAUCACCUACAAAUCCCAUCAAGUGCUCCUGACUCAGAGGAAGACUUUGGAAGGUGUCAGCAAUGCGGUAUUCGUGAACAACAAACGCAUAUAUCCCGCUUGGAGCAAUUCAGUGCUGCGCAUCACCAGCACAGACCUGGUGAUUACACUGGGGAUACCAGAGAUCCAGAGCAAUGUGGUCUACACGGGCUCGUCUUUCACCAUCCACCUGCCCGACUCCCUCUUUGGUGGCAACACUGAGGGACAGUGUGGGACGUGCGACAACUACCAGGCCAACGACUGCCGCUCCCCCAACGGCCAGGGGCUGCACUGCUACGACUCUGCCGACAGUUGGCUUGUCCCGGGAACGCCCUGUGUCACCCCCACCGGCUCGCCAGUUACCACGGACACAACCACGUCCACGCCUUCGUCCUCACCCUCACCCACAGAGGCUGUUUGCAAACCCACCAUCUGUGACCUGAUCACCAGCAGCGUGUUUGUGCCGUGCCACGCGCUCAUACCUCCCGGACCUUUCGUGGCAUCGUGCGUGUCUGACGUCUGCAACCAGGCCAUCGACUCCUGCUCCAGCCUGGAGGCGUACGCCACCCAGUGUUCCAGCGAGGGAAUAUGCGUGGAUUGGAGGAACAGCACGGGCGGAGAGUGCAAUGUUGUGUGUCCACCUGACCAAGUCUUCAUGGCCUGUGGUCCCCUUGUGGAGCCAACAUGUAAUGACAGGUACAACCACCUGCAUCGACCUCUGUUGGUCGACGGGAUGAAGGAGGGCUGCUUCUGUCCUGAUGGCGCCGUCUUGUUCAACAGCAUCCACGACACCUGCGUCACUUCCUGCGACUGCGUCGGACCGGACGGCAGACCCAAGCAGCCCGGCGACAGGUGGACGAGCGACUGCAACAUUUGUGAGUGCGACGCCGACUCCAUGGGCGUCGAGUGUGCGCCCAUCCGAUGUCCGCCCGUUCAGAGCCUGCAGUGCAGCGAGGCCGGCCAGCAGCUCGUCAACAAGACGGACGGCUGCUGCGCCACGCCGUCAUGUGAAUGCAACAGCAACUUGUGCCCGCCACCUCUGACUUGCUCACUGGGCUUCAAAGCCAACGUCACUAACGGCACCUGCUGCUUGUCCUACACCUGUGAGCCUAAAGGUGUGUGUGUCUAUGACAUGAUGGAGUACAAGCCUGGCACCAAGAUCGCAGCCUCCAAGCCCACAGCGCCUCCAUCAGGACCAUCUGGAACUACACCGGAGCCUUUUACGGUGGGGCCGUGCCCGGACUGUUUCUGUGGUCACGGCACGGACCCCCGCACCGGACUGAACAGCAUCACGUGCGUGCCCGUCGUGUGCCACACCAACUGCUCCGAGGGCUUCGAGUACCGACCCGGGGCGUCCCAGUGUUGCGGUGCGUGCGUGCAAACAAGCUGCCUCGCCGUCACGUCUGACAACACCACACACGUCAUACGGGUCAACAGCACCUUUGUGCCGCCGGGAGACUCGUGCACCAAGUUCACCUGUGAGAGCAUCAAUGGACAGUUGGUUACCAAGGAGACCAGAACCACCUGCCCCUACUUCAACCCACAGGACUGUGAGCCUGGCACCGAGACGACCGACGCCGACGGCUGCUGCCAACGCUGUGAGCUGCGCGGCGUCUGCGAGGUGCGAAGGCAUGAGAGCGUGGUGGAAUGGAACGGCUGUCGCAGCAGUUUCCCGGUCAUCAUGACGUCGUGCGCGGGGCGCUGCGGAAGUUCCGCCACAUACUCCCUGGCUGCCAACGCCUUGACGUACCAGUGCGGGUGUUGCCGCGAGGGCGCCACCACUCGGCGGCAGCUGGAACUGACGUGUCCUGACGGCUCUAAGGUGCACCACAGCGCCACUUUGGUGGAGACGUGCCACUGCAGCAAGGCUGCUUGUGGGUCGGCCAGCACCAGCACCAGCACCAGCACCAGCACCAGCACCAGCACCAGCACCAGCCAACCAAGGGGGCGCCGCUGAGCAACUCCUUCCUCUUCCUCUAUGAAUGAAGCUUUAAUGCAGUUUGUUUUCCUCCCACCAUGAUACUCACUUUCUAAAUCAGCAGCAACCAUUUGAAUAGCAUCAUUUGUAUCACCUGAAUUAAUGUUUGCUUUUGCACAAAAUUAAAAAAAAACA